AUGCUGUUGGGUGAUAAUGCCCCGGCUCACCCCAUUGCUAAAUUACUAUCGCCUGAUGGUAAAAUAACAUGUAUGGCUUUACCACCAAAUACUACAUCUUCAAUACAGCCCAUGGAUCAGGGGGUUAUCUAUGCUUUCAAACGGCUUUAUAAGAGAGCUAUAAAUGUAGACAUAAUGGAAGUUCUGCUCUCUGAGGAAGACGAGAGGCUUAAUAAGGAUACAAGAGUUAGUAGAACACUAGAAAAUUUCAAGAAAUAUUCAAUUAAAGACGCUAUUUACAACUGGGCCAAACAAUGGAACGAGUUGAAGGUCACCACAUUAAAGAACGCAUGCAAUAAAAUUCUGAGUACGGUACCUGGUGAGAAUGAAGAUGAAGAUGACUAUGAUUUUGAGGGCUUUGAUAAUGCGAUUUUUGAGACAUUAAGAGAUGCUGGCGAGGAAGAUUUGCAACUUUCUGAUGUGACUGAGUGGUUAGAUAAUGAUGCUGAUGAUCCAGGUUAUGGUGAAUUAACUGAUGAUGAGAUUAUCCAGUGUGUUACUGGUAAUGCUGAUGAGGAUGCGGAAGAGGAGGAAGAUACAUGUAGCAUGUUACCUAUUCCAUAUGCUGCAUCAUUACAAAACCUUAAUCAGCUGCUUGAUAUGGUUGCUGUAACUGAUGAUGAAGACACGGCAGAUUAUUAUCUACACCUAAGGGGAUUGAAAGAUAUCAUAAUGAAGAAGCUCAUAAUGAAGAAACAAACUAAGAUUCAAAAGUUUUUGGUGAAGUGCAGUGUAUUUAAAAGUGAAAUCAAUGAAAGAUUUAGUGAAAAUCGUGGAAAAUUUUUGUGGUGA